AUGAGAAUCUCAUUUUAUUUAGAAGAAAGUCAAUGCCAAAGAAACUGUAGCUGCUGUCCAAAGACUAUAGAAAAAGGAGACUUAACAGUAAGAACUUGAUAUUAUUUAAGAUUUUAUUUUUUUCACCUGAGCUGUUAUACCCCAGGGCUCAAGCAGCCCAUCUAUAAAAAAGACUUACAAAUUUGACUAGCAAACCCAGAAAAAGAAAAAAUUUUCAAUUUAUGGCUUGAGAAAUGAAAUAAAAACUUUGCUCCAAUAAAUGAACUCGAAAUUGAUCUCCCAAUGGCUUCUAAAUUCACUUACUCGAAGCCUUCUACUUAUAGAAGAGCAUGAUUAGAAACCUUUAAAUUUCUAAACGCAAAAGAAAUUGCUUUAUCAAUUUCUCACGUAAAUAAAGAUUUUUACCUCAUUUCAUGUGACGAAGAAUUAUGAUAUUUUAAUUCUAUAAGAGAUUAUGGCAAAAUAGAGCCUGAUAUAAGAAAUUAUAGAGAGCAAUAUAUUUUAUUUACUUUGAGAAACUGUGUGUAUUGCCACAAAAAUGCUGACGAGGAUAAUAUUGUAGGAAAUCUUUAUAAUAAGUCGAUUUGUAAAGCUUGCAAAGGAUUGAGACGGUUUGAUAAAAUGACUGUAAAGCAAAUAGAAAAUCGAUAUGAGGUUGAUCCAAACCUUUUGGGUUUGAAAUUUGAUAUGAGUGUAGAAGGCUGAAAAAGGACUUAUAGAUUUAUGGCGAUAGAAGCAAUAAAGAAAAAUAACGCAAGCUUUAUAAAAGUCAAUCCAACUGGGAUCAAUGUAGGUGAAGAAAAUAAUUUGGACUUGGUAAUGCCUUUACAUUGAAUUUACUCGCAAAAUUUGCUUACAGUUACUUUUGUUUAGGAUCUUAUAUACUUAAUUUGAUUGUUUUAAAUUAAUAAAAUAAUUUUUCAUAUGUCUUUUAAGAUAAAAAAUAGAAAGAGUUGCCCAUUUUAUAUGAGAAAAGCAGUAAAAAUUAGUAUAAAUACAGCUUAUAUUUUUUUUUAACUUAUAAUGUAUUAAAGGGCUAUAUCCCAAAUGACAGCGUAUUUUAUAGUGCAAAUUUCAUCGAAUCAAAUUUAGUCAAAAUUUUUAAAUAAUGAGAUAUUUGGUCCAAAUUUAACAGUUUUUUUGGCCAAAUGUUUCACUAUCAAAAAUUUUCAACCAAAUUUCAGCUAAAAUAUACUUCGGUGAAUUUAAACUAUAAAAGGUGCUCGAUCAUUAUACUUACACCCUUAUUAAAGCAUACUUCCAAAAACGCCUUUGAAUAAAAGAAUUAUAAAAAUAAUCAUAGUUGGUGACUCAACUGUCGGCAAAACUUCUCUCAUGAAUCAAUAUGUCAUCAAAAGGUUUUCUGAGGUAUACAGAGUUACUAUUGGUGCUGACUACAUGGCGAAAAAUAUCAAUAUAGAUGGCAAACUAAUGACUCUUCAAAUCUGAGAUAAAGCAGGCUGAGAGUGCUAUUUCAGCGAAGAAGCUGCGUUUUACAGUGAAGCUGACUGCUGUAUAUUGGUCUAUGACAUAACAUCAUGUAAAAGCUUCGAGAAUCUUAAAUCAUUAAAAGAAAAAAUUUUGUCGCUCAGGAACGAUAAAACUGAUGUAAAUUUUCCAUUUAUUGUAGUGGGAAAUAAAGUUGACAGAGAAGAUGAAAGAAAAAUCUCAAGUGAAAUUGCGAGGCAAUGGUGCAGAGAAAACGGAAAUAUUCCGUUUUACGAGACCUCAGCUAAGGAGUAUAUCAAUAUUGAUAACGCUUUUAUGAUGAUUGCAAGAAAUGUACUGAUGCAUGCUGAAAUAAACACAUCUGAGUGUGAUUUUCCAAAUCCAGAUGCUGAGAAAACCAUAAAAAGGAGUCCAUCAUGCGUUGUUAUCUAA